AUGGUAGAUUCUCUGAUUAAAUUACUAGAAGAAGAAGAAGACUUUCUAAGUUAAGAAAUUUAUGAAUAAUUUCCUUUUUUAAAGGAGGAAAAAGAAGCAUUUAAUACAUAGGCUAAAUCGUUUUGCUUAAAGUAAGCUUAAAAUAAAUUAGAAAAUGGAUAAGUUUAACAUGAAACUGAUAAUCCUAACCUUAAAAGUAUUUCAGCUAUACAAAUAAAUUAAGCAGAUACCACAUAAGCUAUGCUUGGUGGUAAUUAUGAACAAACAAUAAACUCAAAAGAAGAAGAAGUUGUUGGAGAUAUGACAAAUGUAAUCUUGUAAAAAUUCGAAGAAUUGAAAAAGGAAAAAAUAAACUUAAAAGAAAAUUAUCAUUUUUAUGGAUUGGAUGAUAGUGUAAUUGAAUUGGAUUAAAUAAAAAUGGAUGAUGAUGGUAGAAUCAAAUAUAAAAAUAAAUAGGAUUUGAAAAUAGUAACUUUUUUGAUAUCAGGUUAUACAACUUAGCAAACUAAAUCUUCUGAGAAUUUUGAAAAAUUAGCAAAUUCUAAGAACAUAGAAUCUUAAACAAACUUAUUUGUUUUUUUCAAGUGGUCAGAUAGCAGCAUUUUAAGAAUCUUAAAAACGUUUUUAACAAAUGUUAUGGAUAAUUACUAAGCUAAAAAUUAUAAAGAGUAUUUAGAAAAUUUGUUUAAUAAUUGGCUUAAAGAGUGGAAUUGUAGUAAACUAAUUAAGAAGAUUGUUUACUGGAUGAUAAAAGUAUUAGUCCUAUGUAUCAAUUUAGCAAGAAUUACUAAUUAUUUUCUUAGAAAAGUAAUUAACUUAUUUGAAACAGCACUUGAUUCAAUCAUUGACGACUUUUAAGCCUCUUACUAAUAAUCUAAAGAUGGUGGUGCUGUAUUAGCUGAAUAUGUAAACAGCUUGGACUUGAUGGGAAUGUUAAAUAUAGAUUUUAUGGGACAUAGCUUAGGUACUGUAGUUACUGCUUAUGCAUUGAAAAAUUUGGUAAAGCCAGCUAGAUAUAUAAUACUAAUGGGAGGAGCUGCUACAAUCACUGAAAUUGAAGAAUCCUACUAACGUUUUUAAAUGUGUUAUAAUUUCUAUUCUACUAAAGAUAAUGUCAUUAAAAUAUUCCUUGAAAAGGCAAAACUUAUAGGAGAUUAAGCUUUUAUAGGAACAAAACCUUUUGGCUUAAACGAAAACUUUUUUAAUUAAAAUACAGAAAUUGAUCAUUUAGAUUAUACAGAUAAAUAUUAAGAAUUUUAUGAUAUUGCAAUCAAAGAAUUUGAAGAUCUCACUUACAAAAAUACAACACAAAUAGAAGAAAAAGUAAAGUAGUCAAUUAGCACCCCUGAGAAAUCAAAUUAUAUGAAAGUAGGAGGAGCUAUACUAGGUAUUGCAGGAGGAUCCUUAUUACUUUAUUUAUUUAUCAAACACUCCAAAAGAGUUUAUAGCUGA